AUGUCCGAAGAACAGACUAUAGAGGACCCGAGUAUGCCAUGUCCGGUAAAUUGUCCGGUACCUAUUGGAUUAGACUAUGCCGCCCCAGCUUAUCCAGGCCAACCAGACCUGUUUAAUGACGUCGAAUGGGGGCCAUUUCCUUCCAACGAAGAUAUAGCAAAGGCAUACAAAGUGUGGUCGAUACCAAACAACACUCUAAAAGCAUCUCACCCCGCUACUAAUGGCCCAGCUGGUUGUCUGGUACGAAAUGUAUACGAGAGCAUUCUAACUUCCCCAGACUUGCCUAUUCGACAAGAAAAUUAUAUUUUCCACCCUCCCAGAGAUGCUGAACGUACUGAAGGCUGGACUUAUAGCGACAUUUUUGGCACUGAGCCGGAAGGGCAGGAGCAGUCACCAGAUAAUACCAUACCUAGCGUACUGGUGCAAGGCCAUAAUCCUCUUAUCGAUACAAAAUACUGGACAAAAGCAAGGCUCCAACCAGAACUGCGUUCCCGGGGAAUCGAUGCAAACGGUCUCGUUGCUGAUCUAAGACAAAGACUGUACGAUGAUGAACGGCAAAAGUUGAGAACCCUCGGCCACCAGGAGAGGAGAGCCGAGGAUAAAGGUAGUUUCCUACCUGUCCAAUCAUUGCCAGAAUGGGGCCUUAAGCGCAAAUCCGAUGAUUUCCUAGUCAGAAUUACUACACAAAGUCGUUUAUCAGCACUAGAUAUGUACACCUGGGCAAUACAUCUCAGCCCAUACAACCCUGCGUUCUGGACCAGCCGCGCAUACUUAUAUUACCAGAUGGGUCAUUUUGACCUAGCUAUCGGGGACGCAUACCGUGCACAACUCCUAUGUGAGAAACUUGUCAAUCCACUAAACCGCCAUACUCAACCUGGUAUCUAUAUUCAUAUAUGGGACGCCGUCGAGCGCCACAUAUUGCAAACACCAUCCAACGGGCGCCAAUUUUCCCCGGAAGUCCUUCUGUUACGAAGGGGGAACGGAGUAAACAGCUUCAUUCCCUUAGUGCGCAAAGCAGUCCAUCAUAUUAUCGUACUUAGCCUGUUGGCAAUGCAAUGCUGGGAAGAUUACUCUGCUACUGAACCAUAUCUAAGGACAAGACUUAUCAUGGCUGACCGCGACAAAAUUGCCAUGACAAAGAGGCAAGGGAAACUAGCUGAAUUCAUUCAAGAAGCAGGAAAAGAAAAAAGACGCGAUGCUCGUGAAUAUUUUUUCGAGCGACAUUAUGGCUUUAUUACAUGCCGCCAGUAUCCGUAUGAUAACUACGAUGCUGCUACCGCACUUAAACAGAUUGCAGAUAAGUUGAAUGCGGAUAUGAUAAAAAAGUCACAGGCGCUGGUCUAUCGUCCUGCAAAGAUCCAGGUAGACGUGGACGGUGGGAGUCUUUCAGUAUAUGCGUAUGAGGACAUACGCAAGGGAACAGUCAUUUAUGUAGAUGAGCCAUCGGUAAGAGGCCAUCUUCAGCCCCUGUACAAAACCUCAAAGCAUUUCUGCGAGAAUUGCAAGCGCCCGCUUAGCACUGGUGGCUCCCCACCAUCGCCCCCUACCGAGAAUAAGGCCGUACAGGAUCCAAGUUGCACCUGUUCCAAUUCCAUCUACACUCCUCUGUACUGGUGCAGCGCCGAGGGCCCUAGCUCAAGGGAUUCUUCUACAAACUCGUCUGAAUCCACGGGCGGUCGUCGAAGGCCAGGUGCCGAAACAGACAACGGACAGAAGACCACAAGGGGGAAUCCCUCAAAGAGACAAAAGACAAGCGAUGAUCGUGCCAACAAACAGGGGCUUUCGUGCUUAGAUAUCGCAAAAUCUUUAUAUCAUAAUCGGGCCUGCGGGAAGAACUGGGACUGGCUGCAUAAUGCAAUGCGACCAAACUACUGGAAGUCUGAAUCUGUACCACGGGAGCUGGGCUCUCUGUCCCAUUCAAACGAAAAACAUGGUACUUUAUUGAGCUUGUUGCUUAGAGAGGUGUUUGACAUCACUCUUCUCCGGCGUGAGACUGAUAACAAGCCUCAUUUGCUGGCCCACGAGAUUGACGAGCUAAUGCCAAUCCUACUGUGGCGUGCUGCAGGCAAGAAUCUGCCGUUCUCGUUUGCAGCGAAUAUCCAGGUUCCUUUUGACAUUCUCUCAUGUCUAGGUGUGAACAUUUUCCGGGACCUUUCAUUUGAUACCUGGGUGAUUCAACUUGUCCUUCGGAAACUGCUGAUGUCGGCCAUCCCCUGGUGCGCUCCAGGCGAGGAAAGGCGCGAGGACGUUCCUGAGACUCAGGAUGAGGUCAUCAAGCGUACAAGAGAGAUCUCUAAAUUUACUCCAAGCGAGUCCAAUUUAAUUAUGCCAACGUUCCCCAACCUUUAUGUCUUUCCUGCGAUCUCCGUGUUCAACCAUGCUUGCCCUCCUUACCAUAAUGUGGAUUGGAAUUGGGAUACGGAAAUUCCAAACCGCCUUAUUCUACACGCCAACAGGUUUAUAAAGCAUGGAGAGGAGCUAUUUAUACGCUACACCAAAGCACCCCUUCCCAACAAUACAGCUGUGAGACUAUUUGGUAGAAGCUGCCUUUGUUCUGGCUGUGGGAGAGAGCGGUCGAAUUCUCCACCUUUGCCCGAUUAUUUCGGAUUUGCGACCAGUGAUGAGUCUGAGCCAGAAAACUCCUCGUCUUCCGGACAACCAACCCAAGGGCCUGGCUUGGCUCGAUGGAGGUCGCCAGAGCCUAGUGAGGAGGAAACGUCCGGUGACAAUGGCAAAACUCCCGAGUCAAGGGAUAGGAGAAGCGGUGGUAGCAACCAACAGAGAAACGCGGAAGGUGACGGCCAAGAAGAAGACGAACUUGAGGAUUAUAAGAGUAGUUCUCAGGAGGAGUCAGCCUCGUAUUUAAAUAUUCAUACCUAUCAGGGGCGCACACCCUUUGACUACAACCAGGCUCGUGAGGGGCAGCUGAGAAACCAAACUACAGAUGAUGAGUACCAACUGGCAGCACAACUUGGUCUUCAAUCUAUGUCAACUUAUCUCGAGCCAGAGGCUUCUCAGAAUAGCUCUCAGCCAUACACACAAACUCGAGAAAGUCAACACGGUCAACAAGGGGAGGAAACCCGUGGACCACCCAGAUCUACAGCAGCUAGGAAUGCCAUGCCACCUCCAUCUCAAGGUUUGGGUCCAAGAGCCAGACUCACCAAUACACGCCGCUCGCAAUCUCCAGAAGCCUCAUCACGUCGUCGUGGAGCUUUGAUAAGGCACAGGGGAGUCAUCAUGUCUUCUUAUCAGUACAAUCAACUUAUUGAGCGAGAGCGGAAAGCACAGCAGGAACGCAGUCAACAAGAGGAUGAUACGCAAGGUAGCUGUGAUAAGCAUGCCAAUUAG